UGGUCAAGUCACGGAGGGUUAUUAUUAUUAUUAUUAUUCUAUGCAACUAUUACUCAGUAAUCUCUUUUGUCAUGAGUAUUCAGUACUCUAUGUAUGGAGUGUAGGGCAUGAUCUUUGACUGUAUGACGUAAGGCAGAAACGGCGCGCAAGUUUAUAGUUUGUACUUGUUAUUCUUGUCUGAUGUCGAUGUCUAAUAUUAUUAUUUAAUUCUUCUUUGUCUAUGAUAUUAUGUUAUAUUGAUUAUUUUGAAGCCUGGCAUAGGCACUUUCGCAGUUUUAUUGAUUUAUUCAGUAAUUUUGUUGCACGCUGCAUAACGAAAUGGCUAUGGCCAGUAUGUCAAGUUUUUCCUCGUCUGUGGACGAUUCGCAUUCGGAGGAAGAAUUUCAAAUGUUUAAAACCCAGCUGAACAAGGUUCAAGCUAUUAUCGAAGAAUACAGCAACAAAAUCGUCGACAAAACAUUGUGUUCUGAUGAUCUAGCUAAUAUGAAGAGAGAAAUGAAAUAUUUGACGGAACUUGAGGUGAAAGUAACUUCGGAAAAAAUGAAAGCCAAUUAUGUGUCGUACAAAACCAUAUCUUUAAAAAUGGUACAAGAAUCUUAUCGUAUUUGUAACUGGCUUAUGGAAAAGCAAUGCAGUGAAAUGGAUAAUAUUUUUGAUGUGGACACAUAUGUUGAUAAAAUUAUUGAAGCAUGUGUUGAUAAACAAGAUCCUUUGGGCCACAUGAACACUUUAUUCAAAGGUGCCUUCAAAAACAUCCAUUAUUUUAAUCUAAGUUUCUACGGUAACAUUAAAUCAGAAGAGGCUGUUGAAACCCAAGUAGUAACACAAUUAAAGAAAGAAUACAGAAGAUCACAAAAAAGACCAUUAGAAGAUCUAGUGGUUCCUGAUGAGGUGGGUAGUGAAACUGGUGACAAUGAAUUACAAAUCACUUUAUUAAAAGUUAAAAGCUGUUUGAAGAAAGCUGUGUCAGAUAAUGAAGGAAAUCCAGUAUCAUUCCAUCAAUUUGCUAUCGAUCCAUUUAACAUGACAUUUACAAUAGAAAAUUUAUUUCAUUUGGCUUCAUUGGUGAAAGACGGUGUUGUGAAAAUUGAAAGAGUUUCAGAUGAUGAAAGUGAUGAGUUUUCAACAAUAACAUUGGGGAAAAAAAAGAGUACUGAUGCCCAAUCUAAAAAAGAUGAAGUCAUAUCAUCUUUAUUCACAAUGAACCGUGACUUAUGGCAGUAUUAUAUCAAAAAAUAUGACAUAACUAAAAGAAUGAUCACACAAGACGAAUAGAAUUAUCACAAAAAGAUUUUUGGAUGUUUUUUUAAAAUAUCACUAUUGUAUUAAAACUUUGAUUUAUAUUCUUUUUAAAAACCACAAAAAAAUUGUUGUGGUUCCUUAUCCAACCAUGUAACUCUCAUAAUAGUCUUAUUUUAAUGAAGUCAACUAUUAUGACUUAAUGAGAAUGUGUCAUUAAAACAAGAAAAAUAAAAUGCUUUUGAUUCAAAUACAAUAA